AUGUCACGCAAACCCAUCAAAACAUUGAACGUAAACGUAAUGGCUGCUCCAAGCGUUUAAAAGGCUAACAAACUUGUUACAAUUUAGGGUUUUUUGUUCAUGUGAAACUUUACUCUAAUAAUUUGUUACAGUAAUUUUCCAAAAUGACCUCCGCCCUGUAUCUAGAGCAUUAUCUCGAUGGUUUGGAACAUUUACCGAAUGAAUUGAAACGUAAUUUUACUUUGAUGCGGGACUUAGAUUCCCGAGCACAAGUUUUAAUGAAAUCAAUCGAUGAAAAAGCUAACGAAUUCAUGAAACAAUUGGUAAACACAAAAGAAAACUUUCCGGAAGAUGUAAAAAAAGAGAAACUCCGUUCCAUUCAGGAAUUGUUUAAUAAGGCUAAAGAGUAUGGAGAUGAUAAAGUUCAACUAGCUAUCCAAACAUACGAAUUAGUGGACAAACACAUCCGUCGCCUGGACUCGGAUUUGGCCCGUUUUGAGGGCGAAAUUCAGGACAAAACUUUGAACGCUCGUGAAAAAUCUGAGGAAACGGUCACAAAGAAAGGUGGCAGAAAAAAAGUGAAAGAUGUAAAAAAUUCGGCUAAGAAAAAACGGGCACAUUCUUCCGAAGAUGAGGGCAGGGUGGCCGGUGCUGGUGCUGCCGGCGCAACUGGUAAUACUGGCGGAAAUGCUAGCGCCAACGGUAAAGGCAAGAACAGCAAGAAGCAGAAGGUAAAUCAAGAAAAAGAAGGCCGCAAAGGUCAUAAGAAGAAUGCUGAGCUGGAUGACAGUGCGCAGGAUGGCGGUCAUGUGACGCCUCAUCCGAGUGAUGUACUAGACAUGCCUGUCGAUCCAAAUGAACCUACCUACUGUUUAUGUCAUCAGGUGUCAUACGGAGAAAUGAUUGGUUGCGAUAACCCGGAUUGCCCCAUCGAAUGGUUCCACUUUGCGUGUGUUGGACUUACAACCAAGCCGAAAGGUAAGUGGUUCUGUCCGAAGUGCUCACAGGAUCGGAAAAAGAAGUAAAACUUCCGAUUGCGCACGGAGCGCAUCGUUGGAAAUUACGAAAAUCUUUCAUGUCAUACUUAAUCUGUGUAAUUUACAUUUAGUAAAGUAUUGUAUGCGCUAAGGAGACUAUAGUUUUAUUCGAGAACGAAUGUUUUGGACGUGAAUGUUUGGGAAAAUAUAUUGUCUUACAUUUCAA